GUAGCAGCACCAUCACUGCACGUUUUGAGUUGUUGAACUUGCGUUGAACGUACGUUGAAGUUUACGACACGAGGGAAAGGUGUAUAACCUCAAUUUCGACGCAGCCUAUACCGGCUCAAAGUCUUUGUUGACAGUAGAUUCUUCACUUAUUAUUCUGACAAGGAAAUUCCAUUCUAAUCGUUGUCUCUCCCGGUCAUGAAAAUGCAAAUGGAAAUAGCACCUACGGAUAGUACCGCGUUGUACAAAAAUUCAACAAAGUUGAAUCAACCGAUCACCGAUCAUAAACAUCUGCAGUUCAUUGAGGCAUACAAUGAUGAAAAAGUACUUCUUGGCGCGUGCAAUCUAAACGGCCGUCUUUGGAAUGGUUCUGUUUGGCUUUACAAUGAUUUGACCAAUUUUGAUAAAAUCAAUGCUUUGGUGAGCUCCACCACAGAGAGCAGUGUAUGCGAUGCCGUUUUUCUUGAAACAGACAAAUUUGUUGUUGUCGAGGACAGUGGAGUGCUGCAAAUCUUGCAGGUUAUUUUGAACCCUGUAACUCAAUCCAAACAGAUCCAAUGUCUUGGCUACACCUGUCAGCACGAUGACACCAUACUAAGCGCUUCUGCUUUUCACAAGAAAACUCGCAUCAUCACCGCUGGGAUUGAUUGUUGUAUAAAAAUUUGGAAUUUGGAGGAUCUUUUGGCCGAACGCUCUUAUGAAAGCGCACACAGAAAAAUAAUCAGUUGCCUAGAUACCAAACCCAGAAGCAAUGACAUAUUUGCUUCCGCGGGUCUCGACGGUGAAGCUUUGGUCUGGGAUGUAAGACAAGAGUCUCCCGCUCAAGUCAUAUAUUCAAAUUCUGGACACCAACUACGUGCUAUCGCAUGGCGUCCCAGUGAUGAUAAUGCUCUUGUCAUUGGGAGCGUCGAUGGCGGUGUGACACUGAUCGACACCCGGAAACCACAAGACUUUGUAAUGCAUUCUGGUUCUUUUAAAAAAUCUAUCCACAAAAUCAAGUUCGAUCCAAAAAGGCCGCAUUUAUUGGCGACCUGCAGCGAUGACACCGAUCUUAAAGUCCUCGACACGAACCAACAUUUUGCCACUAUUUAUCACGACCAACGACACAAUGACUUUGUUCGCGGUAUUACAUGGUUUGACGAGAAUUUGCUCAGUUGCGCCUGGGAUAACACGGUGCUACGACAUAUCGUCCGAGAGACAUCCUCUGCUACUCUUCCUGUACAUGAUCAAUAAGGAAAACAAAAUCAAACGUUUCGUUUACUCAUCUUUUUUUCUAUUAACAUUCCGAGAAAACAAUUGGAACAAAACAAAAAAGCUAACAGCUCAAGCUCGUUACUAGUGCGGACUUUUCAUUCAUAUUACACGCGUUUUCUUCUCCAUUAUUUCAUAAACCGAAUCAAAAACAUGCACAAUGAAAAUAAGUGGUGAAUGUGAUGGAAUUUAUACGUAAAUUCAAUAAUAUAGAAGAUCUUUACUUA